AUGUUUACCAACCGCGAGGGCUUCAACAUUGACGCCGUCGCCGGAACCGUCAGCCACGUCGUCAACCACCGCACCGCGCUUCCCGUCGCGCUCGGCCUCUCCCUCGAGCCGCUCCUCGCGCGCUGGGCUCCCGACCUCCUCACCCAGCUCCUGCGCAACGAGACUGCCGCCAAGUUUCUGCGCUUCGCGGCCGGCCACGCGGGCCUGCGCCGGCCGGCGUGGGCCGUAGCCCUGCUCACGUCGGCGUGGGCGCUCAGCCGCUGGCUCACGCACAAGAGUACCAACAACUGGGUCGAGGACCCGACGUGGGAUUUUGACCGCGAGAUUGUGCUCAUCACCGGCGGCAGCAGCGGCAUCGGCGCCGCCGUCGCGCAGGAGUUUCUGCGCCGCAACAAGCGCACCAAGGUCGUCGUCGUGGAUGUCGGCGAGCUCAAGUGGCAGGCGCCGGCCGGCAGCAGCGUGCAAUUUUACAAGUGCGACCUGACGGACGCGGCCGCCGUCAAGGACAUGGCGGACAAGGUGCGCGAGGAGGUGGGCCACCCGACGGUGCUGUUCAACAAUGCGGGUGUCGCGCGCGGCUCGCCGAUCCUGCUCGCCCCGCCAGAGGACCUUGAGCUCGUCAUCAAGACGAACCUUCUGGCGCAGUACUACGUCACGCAGCAGUUCCUGGGGGACAUGGUCCGCAGGGACCACGGGCAUAUUGUGUACUCGGGCUCUCUGAGCUCUGUGAUUGCGGGACCGAGCAUUGGGCCUUAUUCGUCCACAAAGGCUGGCCUCUCUGCCAUGCACGACGCUCUUCAGCUGGAACUCAAGUUCAUGUAUGACGCGCCUCGCGUCCGCCAGACGCUCGGCAUCUUUGGCUUCAUCCGCACGCCCAUGGUCGGCGCCGCGGCCAAGGGCGGCAGCUUCGCCGUGCCCUUUCUCGAGAUCGAGACGGUGGCGGAGUCGAUUGUGGAUUCCGUCUACAGCACAUACUCGAGCACGGUCUACAAGCCCGGCGCCGCUGGCUUCAGUGCCGGUUUGAGAGGUGCUCCUACUUGGAUGCUGACAAACUUUCGAUUUGGCUUUGGCGCGGGCUUGGCGAAGCUGCGCAUGCCGGCGUUUGGCGAGGCGAUCCGCAAGAUUACGCAGAGGUAA